UGUGAGGAGGUCGCUCCGCAGACUUGGUGCUCGCCGGCUCCCUCUCCGCGCUCUGCGGCCGCCGCGGCGAAGAUGGCCUCAGGAGUGCAAGUUGCUGAUGAAGUGUGUCGCAUUUUCUAUGACAUGAAAGUUCGGAAGUGCUCCACACCAGAAGAAAUCAAGAAAAGAAAGAAAGCUGUCAUUUUCUGUCUCAGCGCAGACAAAAAGUGCAUCAUUGUAGAAGAAGGCAAAGAGAUCUUGGUUGGAGAUAUCGGGGUAACCAUAACGGAUCCUUUCAAGCAUUUUGUGGGAAUGCUUCCUGAAAAAGAUUGUCGCUAUGCUUUGUAUGAUGCAAGCUUCGAAACAAAGGAAUCCAGAAAAGAGGAGUUGAUGUUUUUUUUGUGGGCUCCAGAACUAGCACCUCUGAAAAGUAAAAUGAUCUAUGCGAGCUCCAAGGAUGCAAUCAAAAAGAAAUUUCAAGGCAUAAAACAUGAAUGUCAAGCAAAUGGGCCAGAAGACCUCAAUCGGGCUUGUAUUGCUGAAAAGCUAGGUGGAUCCUUAAUUGUAGCUUUUGAAGGAUGCCCUGUGUAGACCAUCACUCGGUGCCACAAACUGAAAGCUUCCGUGUUUAAUGUUAUCCUUUUGCUAUGUAAGUAAAGCUGAUACGUUUAGGCCAGGGACUCGCUGAGGGGAGCUGUCUUGUCAUUUGCUAGGGUAAACUAUUCCAUGCACAUGUGCAAAUGGCCCUAAAUAAAUCUAAACUCUAAAGUU